GGAGAAAUGGAAUUUAGAGAAGAAAGAAAUUUGGGAACGAUAUACAGCAGAAAAAUUAAACACAUAUUCCAAAGAGGGUAUUUUAAAAACCAAUCAAAAAGAGCUACUUCAAACAACUUUGCUCGUGGUAGAGGUAAUGAUCUGCCUAGCUCCAGAAGACAGCACACAACCAUUAAGAUUUCAAAUAGUUUUGCAAAAUCAUAUAUUUCUAAAUAAGAACAUUAAGGACAUAAAGUCUAAGUUAAAUGCAAACCACAGGAGGACUUCCCGAGGGCUGACUGAUCUACGAUAUCAAAGUGUUGGAAGAACACAGAAGAAGGCUUAUCCUCCUGAUCAACAACAUAAUGAGUACCGCUCUAGUAUGAUCAAAAAAUUUACGGAUAAGAGGACUCAUAUAUCGUCAAACUUUCAAAAUCCAACUCCACCACCAAAGAAAUAGAAGAAUCAAAAUGACCUUGGCUGGAAUGAAUAAUCUGAGUUUAGAGAAAAUCCACCCAAAAUUAGGUUUAGAGUCCUCUUGAGGCAGUUCUGACCCAUUAUCAGCAAAUAAGGGCUAUGAGUUAGGUAGUGUAAUUGGAAGUGUUGUUAGGGAGAAAAUUGAGAGGUCAAAGAACUGACUUUUGGAGAGUAAAAAAAUUUUGGAUGAUUUGGAAAAGUCGACUUUGAGUGAGAAGAUGUCGGUGUCACCGAUAGGGAUGGGGUAUAACAUCCUCAAGCCUCAAAAAUCACUCAAAAACCCUUCAAAUUUCCGACCCCCAAACAUCCCCCAAUCCCACCAAAACCCCCUUCCAAACUUCUCCAUCUCCAAAAACCUUCAAAAACCUCACUCAAAACUUAUAACUCCCAUAGCAGAGCACAAAGCUCUGCUAUCGAAGCUAGGGAGGGAUUCUGGCCGGGAGAGAUCGAGGCCGUUGAUCAUCCUUGGAUACAAAGAGACUAGUCUUUUCUCAGUUCCUGCUGAGACUCGAGAGUCUCAUGACUUUUAG